AUGUUUGGCCCACCACACCUCGAGGUCCGCCGACCAUCACCGACCACAAUCGAGUUCGUUGUCACCACACAGCCACGCCGCACAGGAUGGACAGGCUGGGCGCUGGCCGCCGCCGUGGUCGGCAUGCGCGUGCUGCUGGCGGCGUCAGCGGGCGUUGCGGUGUGGGCAUGGACAAACCAGGACGUGGUGGCCAGCUUGCGGCGCGGCCGCGUUGGCUUGGGGUUGGGCGCAGACAUGACCUGGCAAAACCUCGUGUGGCACCUCUUCGUGUCGGCCCACGGCCUCGACGCGCUGCGGGCCAUCGCCGCCGCGCCGCCUUGGAUGGUGCUGCCGCUGUGUGUGGCUGCGCUCUGGGCCAGCAUCGCGCGCGUGCACACGUCUGAAUCGCUGCUGGUGCUGCGCGGGCUCGGCAUCCAGACGCGGUCCACGGGCGCGACGUACCUGGGCGAGCUGGCGUCGGGGCUUUCGGUGGUGUGGUGGACGCUGACGACACCGUGGACGCUCGUGGCACGCUUCUUCAGCAUCUCGACCAACGACCGGGGCGGCGCGGGGGCCACGGUCGCCGACGGCUACUACGGCGAGCCCACGCCGGCAGCAACGCGGUUUAUCCCGACUGAAAAGCUGCAGGAUCUGCUAGUCAACGAGGCGUUCCGCGGGUUUGAGGUGCGAUACUAUCUUGUAGCAGUGGUGGCGGGACGGGGCGCAGGCCCGCUUGGCGGUGAGCGGCUAGGCGUGCGUGUCAAGAAUGUGCGACUGCUAGAAGAGAGCGAGGAGGAGGAGGACAACGACUACGACGAGAAAAGGGACAAUCUGAGGGAUGGUAACAGCCACGGAAACAGCCGGUAUCACAGCAGACAGACCCGCGAUGACGAGGACUACGACUCGGACGAUUCGGACAACGACAGUGACGGCCCCGGCGGCGGAAGCAGCAGCGAGGAGGACGAGGAUCACAUCGUCGUAGUGUUCCCGCGACUGCUACCGGGCCUGGAUAUUGUGCGGACGGUCUGGCGCGAGGCUCGGGCGUGCCUGUACGAGCCUGACGCGAGAGGGUGA